AUGGCAACAUCAACGAACAAGGAAAUCUAUUCCGUGUGGGCGAUCCCACCGGAAGACGUAUGCGACCGUCUCGCCCGCCUCAUGACCACCCUCGGAUCCGAAUUCCGUGGUCCCCAUUUCGAACCACACAUGACCGUCGUCGGAGCAAUAGAAUUAACCCCCGACGACGCGCUCAACAAACUCCGAUCAGCUUGUGACGGUGUUAAAGCUUUUCAAGUCACCGUUGACCGUGUUGCCACCGGUACCUUCUUUUAUCAGUGUGUUUAUCUCCUCCUUCAUCCUACGCCUCAGAUAGUGGAGACCAAUGCACACUGCUGCAGCCAUUUUGGUUAUGCGAAUUCAACUCCUUACAUGCCACACGUGAGCCUUCUGUAUGGAGAUUUGACUGAUGAAGAGAAGCAAAAGGCUCAAGAAAGAGCUAAUAUUCUCGACGACACUCUCAGUGGUUUGAGCUUUCAGAUAAAUAGGUUUGCAUUAUACAAAACUGACACGAAAGACAAGACACUAAAAUCAUGGGAGAAAAUUGCUGAAUGCACUCUUACUCCAAACUAG